AUGUACCCGGCCGUCGAGCUGCGCUCGGAGGGCCCGCCGAGGCUGCCCCCGCACAAGUUAGUAGACACCUUCAGAAUAUUUAACCUUGAGCUCCCAGAAAGGAGUAACAUCCUAAAGAAGUUCCAAGAGAGAUACACACCAAGGGGACAUGAUCACAACCUGUCGCUUGAAUGGCGUGGUACCGCUCAACCGUAUUAUGUCAAGUUCAUCAAGACCAAUCCCAGGUUUUUAAAUAAACCAAUUGGUUUUCUGGACACAGAAGAGCCAAAAGCCAAGGAGGGUCAUUGGUGGCCAUGUAGCGAACCCUUAGUGCAUCGUCCUAAGCCAUCUUAUGACAAGCAAAGCUCUCAAAGAAUUGAUUUCCAGAAGCCAAACUGUAAAUUGUCUCGGCCUAUUAAGUACUGCAGUUUGAUGCUACCUUCUCGUGGAAUAGUUCCACUUGCAUUUCCUGAGACGCUGACCAGCCUUCCGAACAUUUUCCAAGAGAAGAUCUCUUUCAAACAUCACUAUAAUGCCAGAGCAACUCCCUGCAUCCCCUACCAAGGGAAGAGACAGGGUGCUUUUGUGUGGCAAGAGAUAAAGCCAGCGAGGGGGACGCCAGUUCCUGAGGGAGCCGAAGCCCUGACAAACACGCAAGGGUCAGUGCUGUUGGAACAGCCACAAACGGAGAAAGGAAACUCAGUGGAAAACUGUAUGACCUCACCCUGCCUGAGCUUGCCGGAUUCCCAGGAGACACCAGAUUCCGACACUGGCUUAUCAAAAACAGACAUUGGCGAGAGAGCCAAGGCAGACCCCAGCGCCCCUGAGAAGGGGCAGAAGAGUGUAGGGAUUUCUCAGGAAAACAAAGGGGAUCUGAGCUGUCCAGCUGGAGAGGCACCUUCUCGUCCAACUGGAUACAUGGCAACCCCAGAAGCUAUGUGUAGCCUCCGUCCCAGACGUGCAGCAAGCCCCAAACGCCAUGGAAAGGGCUCCCACACUGUCCCACAAAACAGGCAUGAAGGAACCACGGGCAGGACAGCCCCUCCGAGUGAAUCAGAGGGAAUCCAUUUUCCUGUGACCCCGUUCGAGUGUCCAGUAGAAGCCAUUUCGCAAGGAACAACCAGACACGUAGCCAGCACCCACCUAACCAUCUGCAUGAUUAGCGACCCAUCGGAAGCCUUCCUGAUAUCAGCAAUAAAAGAUUGCUCCUCCGGCAUUGCGAAAGUGACUCGCCCGGCGCAGCUGUUCGCGCCUUUGUAUCUAGCCAGAUAA